ACCAUACUCCUCCUUAACAUAUAAUAUAACCAUACAGCGCACAUAAUGUUUACCGGAAUUGUCGAGCACAUUGGUAGUAUGUAUAAAUAUCGAGAUCUUGGCUGUAAUCUUCAGGUCUUACCUCCCUGGCCUAUGAAUCUCAGGUCUGAUCCAUAUCUAAUACUAACAUCCAGCCAUUUUGGAAUACAACACACUUGAUACCACUGCGACCGGUGGAAACGGCGUGACAUUGACAAUCGGCGACGCAGCGCCGGUGCUUGGCGACGUGCACCUCGGCGACUCCAUCGCGGUGAAUGGGGUGUGUCUCACGGUGACGGAGUUUGACGAUGCCAAGACCACAUUUAAGAUCGGAAUGGCACCAGAAACAUUGAGACGCUCCAACUUGGGCGAAUUAAAGACCGGGUCUAAGGUGAACUUGGAAAGAGCCAUUUCCGGAGAGGUCCGUUUUGGCGGCCAUUUCGUCCAGGGUCACGUUGACACCAUUGCCACGAUCGAGUCCAUCACGCCGGACGCCAACUCCUUGCGCUUCUCCUUCAAGAUGAGGGACGUGGAAAAUAUCAACUACGUUGUCGAAAAGGGCUUCAUCUCCUUGGAUGGGACGUCGCUCACUGUCACCGAGGUUGACUUUGACAAGGCCACCUUUGGCAUCAUGAUGGUCGCGUACACCCAGGAUAAGGUUGUAAUGGCGACUAAGAAGGUCGGCGAGACCAUCAACGUGGAGGUGGAUUUGACCGGUAAGUUGAUCGCGAGACAAAUUGAGGCGCUGAUGGCCCAGGAGUACGCGAAAGAGGAUAGUAAGUUAGGGCAGAUGAUCGAGCGCAUCGUCGAGAGGAAGUUGAAGGAUAUGAUGAAAUAGAUACUCAGAACUGUUAAUAGGUAUGAAAAAGAAAGAUUUUAAUUACAGUUGGAAAGCUAUGUGUACUAGGUAUGAGUGGAGAGUUGAGGAUUUAAACGCGAUAUUUUGUGAAAAGGUGGUAUUGUGCUUGAGGCGAGGAAUCGACAAGGACGGAAUCUGGUCUUAUGAGCAGUGCAGUGAUUAGCUAUGCAUUUUUAUUCCCCCCAAAGUACCAAUAUAUGUGCAAUUUGCCUUCAAAUCAAAUGUGAAAGAAUCCAAAAAUAACAAUAAAUACGGCAAGCUGUUAGAUAAAUUCCUAAAAUCAACCAAAACUAAAGAAGCUCA